AUGGACAUGCAAACUAUCUUUUACACUUUGAGUCCUUUGGCAUUCACCAUCAAACCUAACUCAGGUCUGCAUGAAAGUUUGUAUCCAGAAACAUCUUCUCCACAGUGGACUGGUGCUUCUUCUUUUAUUCUAGCUAUACUGAUAACUAUUGUUGCAGUUAUGACUGUAUUUGGAAAUACUUUAGUCUUCAUUGCCUUUGUGGUGGAUGCAAGUCUUCGAACCCAAAGUAAUUUAUUUCUUCUCAGUUUAGCUGUUUGUGACUUUUCAGUUGGAGCAAUCUCCAUACCUUUCUAUGUGCCCUAUGCAUUAUCAGGAAUUUGGAUGCUUGGAAAAGGACUAUGCAAAUUCUGGCUUGUUAUGGAUUACACCGCAUGUGCAGCUUCAGUUUUUAACAUUGUCCUUAUCAGUUAUGAUCGAUACCUCUCUGUCACUAAAGCUGUUGCAUAUCGAGCUGAGCAAGAAAAAAUUAGCAUGGCCAUUGCUAAGAUUGCUCUUAUAUGGUUGUUUGCAUUCCUUGUCUAUGGUCCAGCAAUUAUUUUCUGGGACUUUGUUGUAAAUGAAAGAAUUUUACCUGAAGGACAGUGCUAUGCAGAAUUUGACUUUAGUUGGUAUUUUAUAGCAUGCUUUAUGUUGUGUAAUUUUCUCAUGCCAUUCUGCAGUGUAACUUAUUUUAACAUAUCCAUCUACUGGAACAUCAGAAAGAGAAGCAAAAUUAAACAGGUCAAACUAAAAAAGAUUAAAGAAACAACAUCAAAAAAUGCAAAAAUUACAAAAUGUAUAUUUCCUAAAAAGUCAUCCAUUGCUUUCAUAAAAGAAAAUCCUUCUUGUGUAUUGUCGGUCUCACAAGAAUCAAUUAUUUUCAAGAGCCCUGGACAAAAUACAAUGGAUGUUAAAGGAAACAGAUGUGAAAACCAAAAUCAUAAUAAAGCCAUCUCAACAACAGGAAAUGUGGAAAAAACAUUAUCUCAAAAUGUUGCAAAUAAACUGUCCAAAGACAGAAAAAUUGCAAAGUCCCUUGCUGUACUUUGCUGGUUUGGUGUUCUUCUUGUUUGGUGUUUGACUUUGGGCAGAAUGGAUUCUACAAAACAACGACCUUCACAGAUUUUGGAAGAUUCUCUUGGUGACUUAACUGCUUUAAUACAGGAAUUAAAUAAAUGUAUGGAUCGAUUGGAACAGUUGUCUUUAUCUCAAGUUCAGUACACAUCAUGUUUUUGGUACACCCCAUGA